AUGGCGCACAACAUCCACGUCGCCGUGCUAGAUGCAGACAUCCCCUGCCUAUCAGUAUACCAAGAGCGAGGUCUAUACAGUUCCCAAUUUCGCACCCUGCUCCAAGCAGCAGCAACACGCCUCAACAAAAGCGCAGACACAAGCCUCCAGUAUGGACCCCUAGCCGUGCACGUCACGGCCUUCGACGCCGUAGGCAGAACAUUGCCGCCACUCUCAACUCUCCGAAACAGCCCAAAGACAACAGCAGAGCCUCAAUCCGGCAGUCCCCUCACCCUCAUCGAUGCAAUCCUAAUCACAGGCUCGGCAUCUUCAGCCUACGAGGACCUACCCUGGAUCCACGAGCUGCAAGCUUUCAUUCAAACAGUGCACGCCGACUACCCGCACGUCAAGAUCUUCGGCUCGUGCUUCGGCCACCAGAUCAUAGCCCAGGCGCUCCUCUGCAAAGAGCAGACCUCGCUGCAAUCGUCAUUCCAUGUCGCGAACGACCAGGCCGGCUUUGAAAUGGGCAUCCAGCCCAUCAUCCUCGACCCAGAAUUCACGGCGCGCUUCCCGCCUCUGGAGCGUGCGUCUCGGCUGAAUCCGUUCCGCAUUCAGCUUGUUCAUGGUGAUAGGGUUGUUCCUACGCCUGAGGCAAUUGCCGCUGCCAUGGCUGCUGGGAAUACUGAUGUUUCUUUGCCGGCUCCUUGGUCUAAUAUCGGGAGUAGUGCCCAGUGUGCUAUCCAGGGGCUUUAUAAUCCUGGUCGGGUUUUGUCGUAUCAGGGUCACUUUGAGUUUGAUACUUUUGUAAAUGCGGAGCUUUCUCGCGAAUUUGGAAGGAGGGCUAAUUGGCCUGUGGAGGUUGUCGCUGGGUUCUUGCAGUUGAUCAAUCGGUCUUUUGUUCCUGAAAUGGAUGAUAAUGAUGAUUCUAAGGCUGCUGCGGAGGCUGUGCUUUUGUUCUUUGCUGGAGAAGAUUUGAAGGGACAGGGGGUUGGGCUUGGUUUGCCUGGGAGUGGGUUGCUUACUCCUCCUUUGGGUUGA